GAAAACUUUCAGUUGUGGUAUAGAACUGUAUAAGCUGGGCCUAAUUUGGAUCGAUAAGAUGGAUUUCAAUGGAUUUGAAAUAAAGUGAGUUUUUUUUAAUAAGAAGUUGAUAUACAACUUUCUGAUAUACAUGUACCGGAUAUGUUUCUUUGGGAAUAUUUCCUAAAUUUUACUGGAAAAGUGCAUAUUGUAGUACCAGUAUCUCUGUAAAUACAGUGUGAUUUCGUGAACAGGAAAUUCGAAUUAUGCCUCUGUGUUAUAUGCACUAUUUUCACCCAUGUCACCAUUCAGGUCAUAUGAGAUAUUGUUUAGAAAUGUAAAAUGUACAAAAUAUUAAAACAGAAAUAUUCUAAUUACGCAUGGCUUAAAAACCGGGUUCACGCAAGUUGCACCAAAUAGUCAUCUUGGAUCAAAGGGGACAUAAUUCCCAGAGAGAGAAAAAUUGAAUCAGAAUGCAUGCACAUAUACACAUGUACAUGUUAAAUACAAAGUUACAUGACAUUCUGUUCAGUAAUUUCAGGGGAAUACCAAAUAACAUAUUUUGACCAAAGUUCAAAAGGGCCAUAAUUCCCAGAAAAAAAUUGAAUCAGAAUUUCUUGUGAAUGUGCCCUUAUUACAUGUAAGCACAUAAUUUCAUGAUAUUCUGUUCAGCAGUUUCCGAGGAGUUGCACUGACAAACUUUUUAAAUAUAUUUAAUUUUGGCCAAACUUCAAAAAGAGCAUACCUGUACGGUACCAGUAACUCCUAGAGAGAAAAAAAUUAAUCGGAAUUUCCUGCAAAUUUACACAUCUACACAGUAUGCUACAAAGUUUCAUGAAAUUAUACUCACCGGUUUCAGAGGAGUUGCGCUGAUAAGAACAGGACUGAUGGAGGCCAAAUUUUAAGUUCAAAAGCGUCAUAACUCAGGAAAAUAUCGAAUCAGUACAUGUAUUUUCUGCGAAUACGCACAUGUACACAGUAAGUUCUUAUUAACUACAAAGUUUCAUGAAAUUCUGUUGAGUGGUCGCGGAGUUGCGCUGACAGGACCGGGCCGAGGUCAAAAACCUACCCUCUGCAACUCGUUUUGUACGAUAUAACGAAAUCAUCCACGCAUGUAUAAAAAAAAAAAAGUCUUAAACAGGUAUAUUUGAUAUCACCUGAGAGAACACCUUCACCGCGAUACAUACUUGUAGAGAGAACACCUUCACCAUGAUACUUGUAGAAUGGACCUUAAUCUGUUAAACAUAACCGUUCCAUACCUAUAGGAUAAAGACAUACUGGUGAAUUUUCAUGAUCGUUAUAACGAUCUACUUUACUAAUACGAUCUGUCAUUGGGUAAAAUGCUGUCUGACAUGUUUCAUACAAGUUGAGGCCGUUCUUUACACGCUGAUUUUGACUAAGGAAUACUCCGUUUACCCUUUCGACAUAUAGGGCUCAUGGCAGUGUGACCGGUCAACAGGGGGUGCUUACUCCUAGGCACCUGAUCCCAAGUUCGUUAUCUUCACCUUUUCAUACACUGUACUAAAAGUGCAACGAUUUCUUUGCAUAUUUUAAAAACCUAUAACAAGCAUAUUUAAUAUUAAAUCUGCUUUCAAAUUUCCAAUAGUCAAUGCUAUUUUACUGCUUGAUAACGUCAAAUGAUAAUGGAAGUGACAUUGAAAUGUACACAAAACAUGGGUGUUGUUUAAAUACAUAUCGAUUUUUAAGAUUGUACAAAAUGCGCCAUUCUUUCCCAUUGUGUCUUGUUUACAGUACAGAAACCAGAUUGCUGGAUGUAUCAAUUUGUGACAGAAUCCCGAAAACAAGAUGGAAAAAGUCGCACGGGGCUAGAUCUGGAGAGUAUGGUGGAUGUGGCAAAGACAGUAACCUUCUCCGACUUCAAUCAUUACUUCACCAGCUCAGAUGGAGCAUUACCAUGAAGUAGACGAACAUGCCUAAAUCCUGACACAGGGAUGAUUUGGGCCAUUAUGACAUUGACGAUGUUUACUUGCUUGACAGCGACUCUUGUCGAAUUUACUCUGGCGUAUUUUUCCUACGAGAAACUUAUCAACAUCAAGGUAGAAAUGCACUCAGAGAUGGAAUUCCCCACCAUAACCCUGUGUAACAUCAGCCCUAUCAACAUUUCCCGGCUUCCGGAGCGCCACGUCUUCAAUAAUUAUUACUUUAAUAUAAGCCAGAUAGGAUCUUUUGACCUCAACUUAUCCGAUCCAUAUUACUCCAUCUUACACGAGCAUAGAAACGAUUCUUGGCUAGAUAGAACUGGUUUUGAAGUAAGAAGUACGAUAUCUGAUUGCACGUUUGCACACAAGAAAUGUUAUCACCUAAUGGAAAAACGAGUAACUGACAGGGGGUUGUGCUUCUCUUUUAACGGCCCCUCACAGAAAUCCCCAGUUGUCAGUAGAAUAACUGGAAACAAGGAAGGACUGACCAUGUUUGUGUACCUGGACCAAGCCAACUAUAUACCGGCAGUAAAUAUGGGUGCUGGAUUACAAGUAGCGAUUCAUCAUCGAGACGUAGAGCCAAACAUGGCGGAUAAGUCCUUUCUGGUCAGUCCAGGCACUGUUACGUAUGUCCAGAUGACGAAAAAAAAGCACACGUAUUUGUCCAGACCAUUCAAAGCUUUUGGGGAGCAUUAUUGUACAAACACUAAUGACCCUGAUUUUCGAAAUCCUUUGGAACAUUAUCCAAAAUACAGUCCAUACGCCUGUAUUAGAGAAUGUCGAUCCCGGUAUAUUUACCAAAUCUGCAAUUGCCGGCUUAUCACAGACAUCGGCAAUGAAACCAUAUGUACCAUAGCCCAGGAAUAUCAGUGUGCCUUGAGACAGAAAGAGUUAUUCGAUCUCAACCCCAAACUACAGGCUGCGUGUAACUGUCCCCAGUCAUGUGAAGACACCAUGUUUCAAAAGCAAAUUUCGUUUGCCCAGUUUCCUUCAGAAAAAUUCCGAGAAGCAAUAGCUGUAUUGCCGCUACCUUCACGUAAUAUUAGUACAAACUACUUAGAGUUGAGGUUGUAUUAUGACUCUUUCGUCGUUCACACUAUUGAGCAAGUUCCAAAGGUUGACAUUACCAGCAUAUUUGGAAACAUCGGGGGAUUUCUGGGGAUCUUCCUCGGAGCAAGCCUACUGACUGUAAUGGAGGUAUUGGAGGUGGUCAUCAUCACGGUGUAUGUGCUACUGAGACGCCUGAUCAGAGGGAUUAAACGGAGUCCAGAUAGUGAACCCCAGAUAUGUAACAAGAUCACUGAUAUGGACACAAACAAAACGUCUAUCCAAAAAUUCGUUAAAAACUAACCAUCAGUUUAAAGAUCGUCACAGUGUUGUUACACGUAUACUCUCAAAGAAGUACUGGGAGAAAAUAUCCUGACUGAUGGCUAAUCCGAAAAGUGUAUUAACAUCAUUUUCAUGAAUUUCUAGUCUCUGUUAAAAGAACUUGCUUUUAUCGGUUAAAUGAGAAAUCCAGGGUUUAUAUUAGAAUAGGGAUAACAAUAUUUCGCUGCAAACUGAAACCUUUAAGUAUUCCACUCUUUCUCAGAUUUCUUUUUACUAUACAUUUCAUAAAUUCACUUUAAUUUCUAAACUGUUGUUAAGACAAAGACAUCUCAUUACAACAUUUUCAAAAUAUGGGGGAAAUGAUUAAAAACAAAUUAACAUGUUGAAUAUUUUAUGGUUUUUGUUUUGUGCAAUAUCUAUUCCAUGAUCAUGUAAACAUCGUCUACACGAGUAACACUGGUGUUUUUUCUCCUCGCUUUAGUGACGAAGUGUUUUAUUGUCUGUAGAACGGCCUGGAAUAAUUCAAAUAAACUAAGAAUACUGGCUCCCAGGAAAAUACCCAUGUAACCUCCAAGAUUUCCUAUAACACAAUUUAAAAAAUAAUUGUAAUCGUAUUGCAGUGCUGAAAUGUUACAACUAUUUCUCUCUAUGUGGCGCUACCAUGUAUUAUCCACCAUACCUAGUAGAGUCAGUGCAUCCAUCUUAGGGACCUGCUUUCUUCUCUCCCUGGUCAGGGAGCGAUAAUAUAUCAGUAUCUGGGCCAUGUUUUUCCUGAAGAAAGUGAUAAUGGACGUAAACCAGAAUCAACUCAUCAAAUUUCAAUGCCUGCUUUCUGAUGAAAUCAGACUCAGAUUGAAACAAUAUAAUUACCCAUGAUGUGAUGCGUUUAUUAAUUUUCUAAUAAAAUAUCCAUUAUCUUCU